CAUCAACACCACACCCAACAGCAGAAACUGUUCUUUGGCGAGAAUAGAUAUUUAGCGUCACGAAAAACAGUUGUUCCCUCCCCUACCUCCAUCGCACUAAGUGGGAAUUGUGUGUACUUUUGAUCUGUUUUCUCUUCUCAAUCUGUGCGCUGGCUUCUUUUUCGGUUGACACAGGCAGCCCGGAGCUCACCUCCAGGGGGACUGCUUCAGAUAGCUGCAACUUCCCCGCAGCUUGCGCCAUCGUUUUCAGUGGUCUCCUGUACGAUCUUUUCACCCUCGGCUUCUCCAGAGCUUUCAACGGCUGCCACUUCUUUCGACGACCGGGGACCUGCAUCAAAUCCGAACAUACGAUAGCGUAUGAAGAUGGCCUCUGCAGAGUCUACUUUGCCAACCCACGGCGACGCUCCUGCACCGACCGAAAGCGAACCUCUGCUCGGCAGGCCAGGCGACGCAACCCAGAGACCCGACGCCCCGAUGAUUUACAACCUCUUCCUCGGCACGGGCAAGCUGGCCCAGGCUGGUGCACUGCUCCUCCUCGCCAUCAUCUGGGCCUCCGUCUUCACCAACCCGACCCUCCCGCUCGUGUCUCCCCACCCUCUUCUACAAUCCUUGGGCGUCUACACCGUGAUUCAGGCAAUUCUGAUUCUUCAGCCGACCAACACUCCACAUACCAAGCUCCUGGGCCAGCGCGCCCAUUUCCGAAUGCACAUCCUCUCCCUGUCCCUCUUCGUCGCCGGGACGACCAUCAUCGAGGUCAACAAGGCCACCAACCACCUCGCCCACUUCCACUCGCCCCACGCCUUCCUGGGCGUCAUCACCCUCUCCCUGCUCCUCCUCCAGUACCUCUUCGGCCUCACCAUCUGGGCCGUGCCCGCCCUCUACGGCGGCGAGGACCCCGCCAAGCGGCUGUGGAAGUACCACCGCUGGGUCGGCUACGCGGCCCUGCUCCUGCUCCUGGCCACCGUCGCGGCCGCCGUCGAGACCGACUACACCAAGAGCGUGCUGCGCAUCCGCCUCUGGGCCGUGCUCGUGGCCGAGGCCCUCAUCGUCGCCGGCGUCUUCCCGAGGGUGCACCUGAGAAAGUUGGGCUUGCGGUCACCCCGCGCCUCCUCCUCCUCCUCCUCCUGAAGGCUUGCUCUAACGGGGCUGGGUGGCGCGCCUUGAGGGAAGAUACGGACGGAUGAGGUGGUUGACGGGAAAUGGAUUGAGAGUAAUAGAAUCAUGCUAAUGAUUUUUUUUUUCUUUGGCCUACUUUCCCUCCUUUCUUAAAUUGGCAUCCAGACUUAUUCUAGAGUCGAUCUAAGGGAGGGGGGCCUACGUUUCAGGGAGUCAGCUAUAUUGGUGCUGGAUGCUGGAGGAAUAAGCUAGGAAGCCUAUC